GGAAACAUACUGAUACAACUGGACAAGUUCUAACCUUAACUGUCUUCUAACGUCGCUACAUCUCAGGCACCCAUUCAGUCAACAUUCAGCUUUAUUAAAACCCUUUAUUUAUUUCUUACAGACACACAGUUUCUCUCGGCGUUACAUUAUUUACUGGCCGCGGUUCCUCCCACAGCAGAGACAGAAGAGGCAUGUCGCGCGGCAUGGAAGGAAAUGUGGAAGAUACUCUGUGCAUGGAUGCCGACUCAGAAACUUCAGAGAAGGAUGGCAACAAGGUUAAAGUCAGGUGGACUCAGGAGGAGGAUGAAAAUCUCAAAAUCCUUGUCAGCAACUUUGGAAACAAAGAUUGGAAAAUCAUUGCCAGCUUCUUACCAGGGCGGUCAGGAUCCCAAUGUAUGUUCCGCUGGAAAAAACACCUGGAUCCUGACUUGGUCAAGGGUUGCUGGACCAAAGAGGAAGAUGACCAGAUAAUUGAGCUUGUGGAGAAAUAUGGUACCAAACACUGGUCUAUGAUUGCCAAGCACCUGAAGGGGCGGGUGGGCAAACAGUGUCGGGAACGCUGGCUCAACCACCUUGACCCACUUGUCAAAAAGUCCUCCUGGACCAGCGAAGAAGACCUCAUCAUCUACAAAGCUCACAACAUUCUGGGAAACCGGUGGGCUGAGAUCGCCAAGCUGCUCCCUGGAAGGACGGACAAUGCAAUUAAGAACCACUGGAACUCCACCAUCAGACGCAGAGCAGAGAUGGGAUUAUUCAAUGAAGAGGCUGAGAGUAUUUCUCUUGAUAUUCAAGAGUUUGAGCAGGGAGGGUUGGACUUCAAGUGUGAUGUUGUUCUAGACACUGAGCCAAUUCCUUCUGAGAUAGUGAGACAAGACAAAGAAAAGAAGCAGGUGCGUCAGAAAGCCAAGCAGAAGGUCGUCCCUCCUCCACAGACUUUGGCAUCAAGAAGAGAAUAUGGCUCUGGCAGCCCCUCUGUCCCCCCCAGUCCUAGCCCCAGUCCCAGCUCCAGCUCCAGCCCCAACCCAGCCAUUGCAGCAAUAGCCCAGUUAGCGCAGCAGAAGACGCUCACUGAAGCAGCACUGAAGAUGAUUGCUGAGGACAUGCUGCCUCUCAGUUUUGUGGAAGGCACAGGCUUCAGGUCAUUCAUGAGCACCAUUGGCCCUCAGUACAGCAAGCUAUCCCAGCGUGCUGUGGGGCUGCAGCUCUAUGAAGAUGUGGAGAAAACCAUCAAGCCUCAGCUCAUCCGUGACCUCAAAGCCUGCCUCGCCAAUGGCAAGGAGGGUGUCAUUCAUGUCACCUAUGACCUUUGGGCUGGUGCCCAUUCCCAGCCAGGAGAGGAGCCCAUUGUCGCUGUGCAGUUCCACUUCAUCAACGACAGUUGGCAGAUCCGCCGUCCCUCCGUGGCUUUCCGUCACCUCAGCUACAAGAACCUGAGCGCUUCUGUGGCCCAGGAAGUAGAAGGCGUGUUGCUGAGCUAUGGCAUCUUCCCCCAAAACAUUGGCUACAUCCUCACCAACCAGGCCAAGGAGGCCAUGGCAGCGAACAAGCUGUUUUGUGAUUACAAGGUCAUGUGCACAUCUCACAGGGGGGAACCUGAUGGAGACGAGGUUGUGGCAUUUCUGACAGACCAGCUGCCUGAAACGGAGGCGUCACCCUUCUCAGAGCUGCAGAUAGGAACCAGGGCCAGCUGUGUGGCCAAAACACUGCAGCUGGUGAUCAAGGAGGCGCUAAAGAACUCCAGGGUUGUGGAGAACCUGCUUUCCCAGAUCCACAACGUGGUGGCUUUCUUUAGGAGCAGCGCCUACUGGAGCGAGGUGCUGUUGAAAGAGUGCACCUUGUCUCUGUCCCCUCCGUCCAGUAGCUGCCGCUGGAACUCCAUGAUGUUUUCCAUGCGCCGAAUGGUGCAGGAGGCUGCCUGGACCUCCAUCAUGACCCUCCUGGCGCAGGCUCGUAUAGAGGCCAAGGAUCCAGCCAGCACCCCGCCCCUGGUCCAGGCCAAACGGGAUCAGGUGGUUGACAUUUUGAGUCUCUUGGAGCCAUUUGAGGAAGCCAUGCAGGUUCUGCAAGGAAAUGGGGUGACUAUCUCCUUAAUCAUACCGUCACUCAUUGGCCUGGAUAAGACUUUGGAGACCUGUGCCACCAGCUACACCCACUUCACCAAGGCCCUGCGCUCUGGCCUCCACACCCACUUCCAGUCGCUGGUUCAGCAGAAGGACCUGAUCCUGGCCACUGUGCUCGACCCCAGGAUCAAACUUCAGCCGUUCGCAGAUUCCACACAGGAAGAACAAACAUUUCUCACAGCUCCGACGAAGUCCCAGGUUCGCUCCAUGGUAGAGGCUGCUCUGGGAAACCUGGAGGCCUCAGCUGCUCCCACCACAGAGCCAAGGGAGGAGUGCACAGGUGACGGACUGAAAAACCAGCAGGACAAUGAAGGAGAGAGCGAGGCUAGCACAGCAGCGGAACCUUCGAGGCCAGCCCAGAUGACAUGAACAAUGAUGGAAGUGGUGGAAACGACAUCAAGCGCAAGUCCAUUUUCAACUUUCUCCAGCCGCCUGCUAAGACCAUGAAGAUCUCAGAGCUGGACAUGUACCUGUCAGAACCGCUGCUGGACGCUAGCUCCAGUUUACCAUUCUGAGAGUGGCUAAUCGGGUUUCCCCCAGCGGCAGAACGUUUGCCAGGAAGCUGUGGCCAUACCGCCACCUCGGGGGCUUCGACCGGCUCUUUCCCAUGGCCAUGUGUAUUGUUAGGGCCAAGAGGAGCCGCCUGCCCCCUCACACCUCCGAGAGGCUGCUUCUGUACAGAGACUCCCUAAAGGGGAAGAGUGGAAAGAAGCUCAGUGGGGUCACCAAACA